CAUUAAAAAAUGGUGGCUCACAACUGCAGAGUUCUUUGUUCAGAAAAGACACACGCUAUGCAGUUUACUGUUGCGUGUGUGUCGAAUACAUUCAUCGCGCAUUUCCUUCGUGUGUCAACUGUUUUUCUUGUUUUUCUCUGGGAGGUUGCAUGCCUAGAGGCGUGCCGCAGCCUCAAUCUCAAUAGACGCGGGAAAUUGUAUCAUUUGUGUUUGAAUCCCUGUUCAUGUGAGUCCGUAUGUAUAUGAUAAAUCCACAUAAGUUAUCUUGUUUUUGUCUCUCUGAUAAGCUUUCAUGCGUGACUUGUGAAGUGCAUUUCUUAGCCGACUUUAAUAAACACCCUCCGUCGGUGGUUUACCUAAACACUCCACAAAAUGUUUAUGAAUGCGGUUGGUUACCUAGCCAGUAAGGGUCGGCUUUUCCUCCCUGAUCGGAUUCGACAGCACCUGAACACGAGGGGGAAAUUUCCGGCCUCCCGAAAGUCUGCAGUCGUUGGCGGCGCCGGUGACCUCACUGUUGAUCACCGUGUCUGUGUGCUGAAAAAAACGAAUUCCAGCGUCCCUGCAUUCUCCUUGACAAGGCUGCGUAUGUCUGCUCUAAGCGACUGUCGAAGAAUUCAAUGUAUUUCUUCGUGUUCUUCACGAGACGGAAAUGCCUUGCCACGGGACGAGGCCGCUUUUCGUUGUUGGUCUCCGGCGGUGUCAAAGCACACCAGCUCUUCAUCAAUACGUAUGUUGGGUUCAGCCCGCUAUGUUGCUUCUUGUGUUUCAUCUUCGAUGGAUAAAGCGUCUUGUUUUGAGCUGGAUUUAUCUGUCUAUGGUUCUUUGCCGAAAGCACUGCCAAUGGGAAAUGUCAGCCCUACCGCAUGUAAUGCACCAGUCACCCCGUCGAAAACGCACACACGUGAGAACGUCAGUCUUCCUGCCUCCUCAGUCUGUCCUAGGGAACAAUUUCCUGUCAGAAUUGGGGGAGAGUCUUGGUGUUUGUCGCAGCGGCGAGUCUUCUCGUCGUAUGCAGACUUCGGUAAACAACUUCGGGGAAAUUGCGCAACCGAACCAAAGGAGGGGAAACGAGGAAGCUAUGGAGGCAACCCACCCAAUCCGUCAGGUGGCAGCGCUGGCCGCGACAACGCAUGUGGCGACAGACAAAUCAGCACGAGCGAAUCGAGCGACGUUCUUGUAUCCACGACUCCGACUAUUCCUGGAUAUUCCAUUACCGGAUAUAAAGGCCUUGUGCAAGGAUGCUCAGUAAGGUCGCGAGACGUUUUGCGAAUGACCAAAGUCGUCCUCAUGGUGCACCUGGGGGGCGAAAUGGACGACCUCACCACUCUGAUUUCCCGUGUAAAGAGAGAAGCGGUGAACCGCAUGUGCGAGGCAGCCUCCGCUCGAGGAGCCAACGGUGUGGUGGGUGUACGAAUAGUUAGCAGCGGGACCCACCAGAAAGUGGCUGUGGAAUUCUCUGCCUAUGGCACUGCUGUAACGGUGGCGAAGGACUAAAAAUCCAUACACUUGGGUCCGGCACAUUCGACUCCACUUUCUUUUUCCUUUUUGGUGUACAUUUCGUUCGAUCUUUCGGUAGGUUGUUGCAAACGGGCACUGCAUCAGGCAAAAAUGUCGACACAGACAAUUGUCAGCUUCAAGGGAUACCCAUACACGCGCAGCAACGCUGCUCACAGUCGUUUCCGCCGUCAUCGCUGCUACGAUGUACAAAGGAUGUUUUAUCGGGGUUAGCACGAGUCCAGACGGAUCCAUGUGAGGUAGGCACCUUUGCGAAUGACUGCAGCAAAUGCUAGUUGGCAGGACUGUAGAGGACGAAGCCUCUGACGCCUUCGCUGUUUGUUUCCUUCUUCAGUCUUUCAAACUUGUUCAACUAAGCUGGACCCAAUAACGCGGUAGGGUGGGCCACGUGGGUCAGCCCCGUCGAAUGACGGGAGUCGAUUGCAGGACCUACUGUAAAAGUCUCAAAGUAGUGGGGCGACGAUGUGCUCUUUCCGAUUGACAAAAGACUAUGAUUUAACACGAUAUCUACUUGACAGCUGCCGCAGGAGCGGCGGCUACAUGUUCAUCUCCAGCUUCUCAUCAAUAUUUUCACACGCAUUCCAUUAAGACAAGGAAUAUAUGAGCUGACAAACAUAAACGAAAAUCUCCCGGAGUAUAAAACAAAGCAUCUCAUUCAGAACUAAAUCCUUACGCCUGCCUCAAGACUGCAACGGCUGGGGACGCUAUUUUUGGAUGUGCUCGAUAUCUGUCUGCAUGGCAAUGUUAUUAAUCCACCAACGACCAGCUGGUUAAACGCGGAAAAAAGUGUCAAAAAGCUUUCCCGUAUGCAUAAUUUGCAGGUGAGUUCAGCCAGAUACCCAGUUUUGUAUGUUGGAAUAUUGCCCUCUACGGUAUCAGUAAAUAUUUAUUCCAACACUUGAAGGUCAACUCGUACAAUCACGACAGAUGAUCUUCGGCCGCGGCCGCCGAUGUCCUGUUCGAGGUUGGGCGACGCACCCCGCUGCAGUAGCAAGCUGUGAACACUUUUGCGGCAUCUCGGUUAGCCUCUUUCGACUUUCAGAAGUUCCUGGGGCACAGAAGCGUGUCCUUUCACCAUCUUCAGUUGUCACUUUUUUUUCUGAUACAAACCGCCUCUCCAUCAGCGGGAAGGCACAAGGCGCUCUGUCCGACGACCAG